AUGGUGGUGGCACUUCUGGGAGUCGUGGUGUACGUAACUGUGUCAUACUGCUUUUAUGUUUACUACGAUAGGGAGUCUGCGUUCCGGGAUGCCUUGGCGUGUUCCAUAGAAGUAUUGAGGGAGAAAAACGUUGCUUAUUGGUUGCAAAAUGGCACACUUCUUGGAUCCACAAGAUUGGGGAGGCUGGUGCUAUGGGAUGCCGACCUGGAUAUUGGCUACAAUACGACGGAUAACUCAGAAACAUUUGCAGCAAUGUUGAGGGAUCUGGAUUCAAGGUGCUUCGGGGUUUCAUCAAGCACCCGAUCGGGUGUACGGAAUCCCAUGAACAUACAUCGAAAAUGCACUAAUCGGAUUUGCGCUGAGUUUCACGAAACAAUCAUAAAAAAUGGUUUUGCGACUUCGGGAGAUGGAGUUUCUCCAGAAAAGGAACUUGUUCCUCUAAAGGCUUGCACUAUUGCUGAUGUGGUGGCUCAAUGCCCACACAAUCCUCCGUAUUAUUUAAAAGAAGCCUAUGGCAGUGAAUGGCUAACUCGAUCGCUAGCUGAGUUUUUCUAG